AUGGAUUCCGCCAAGCAGCCUGCUAAGCUCGUCAAGGUCACCCGUGUCCUCGGCCGUACCGGUUCCCGUGGUGGUGUCACCCAGGUCCGCGUCGAGUUCAUGGACGAUACCUCCCGCAGCAUCAUCCGUAACGUCAAGGGUCCUGUCAAGGUCGACGACAUCCUCUGCCUGCUCGAGUCCGAACGCGAGGCCCGUCGCCUCCGUUAA